UCUAAACGCUUGUGUGGUCCUCCGGGUAGUUCUGUAAGCUGGAUACGAUGCUGCCAAGGCCCUAAAGACGAUGUGUACGACGCUUUGUCGACAGGAAGAGGCGCACAGACGCUCGCCAGUGGCUUCACUACGUCAUCCAUGAUUAUUGCAAAAUUCCCCAGUUAAACAAUGGCAUUACUCCACACCAGGACCGCCCUCUACUUCUGCCUCCUAACAAUCUCCACCAAAGUGGCCUCCGAAUUAUCCCGAAACUUCGUUGUAAACGACAACAACGAGAACGGAACAUGGAAGGAACUGAGCCUGGCCCUGACGGACUCUAGCUGUCGCAGGCCAGCGCGCUGCGUCUCCCUCGAGUACAGGACAUGCCUGGGGACCCCGCUGACCUACGAGCAAACCUCCCUCGAUCUCCUCCCUGGCAAUCACUCCCAGGACAAGAUCAACGAGACCCUGACGAUGCUGGAGAGCCUGAAGUACAUUCCAAAGUGUUGGACAGUGGUCCAGCCACUGCUGUGCUCAGUCUUCAUGCCCAAGUGCUCGAACAAUCUCCUGGACCUGCCCUCCCCGGACACCUGCAAGAAGAUACUGAAGCCCUGUGGCAUUGUCAUGAACAGCACCAUCUGGCCGGACUUCCUGAGGUGCGAGAACGAGAGGAUUUUCUCGACCCAGUGCAAGAAUGACUUCAGAGACGUCAAGUUUGGAACUCCUGGCAAGUGCCUCAGUCCCCUGGUGAGUGUCAGCUCAUCCGUCAGCUCGUCGGGGAGUGACGAGUCCUUUGAUGGCAUCGAUGGCUGCAGAAUUCCAUGCAAUGACCCCAUGUUUUUGCCUGAUGAACUCGCCCAGAUUCACUCGUUCAUCGCUUGGGCUGCUGGCAUCUGCAUAUUUUUUAAUAUGUUCACGAUGGUGACUUUCUUCAUCGACUGGAGGUCUGCCAGCAAGUACCCAGCUGCCAUCAUCUUUCAUAUCAAUGGGUGCUUCUUGGUGUCUUGCAUUGGCUGGCUCGUGCAGUUCACUCCUGGCAGCAGGGAUGUCAUUGUCUGCAGGAAGGACGGCACUCCCAGGACUGGAGAGCCCAGUGGAGAGAACAUCUCCUGUGCAGCAGUAUUCAUAAUGGUCUACUACUUCUCAAUGGCAGCACUCGUCUGGUUCGUCAUUCUCACCUACGCCUGGCACGUGAGCUUCCGGGCCCUCGGAAAAAUUCGUGACAAAAUCGACAAGAAGAACUCGUACUUUCAUCUCCUCGCUUGGUCCAUUCCAUUCGUCCUGACUGUCCUCACCUUUGCAUUUACGAAGAUCGAUGGCAACAGUGUCACGGGCAUUUGCUAUGUCACACAUGAACCCAUGGCCAGAGGUCUGUUGGUGCUGCUGCCUCUCACGUGUGGAUCACUCGCCGCCGGAUACUUCAUAUCUCGAGCACUGAUCACGCUAAUCGGCAUGAAGAUAAGCAGCCAAGACAUAGUGCACGAGCGUGCGAGCUCAAAGAUCCGCGAAACAAUAAUCCGCAUAGGGCUCUUCACCCUCUUCAUCUACGUGUCAGUGAUAAUAACAAUCUACUGUCACAUCCACGACUUCAUAAACACCGACAAAUGGUCCAAGAGUUUCCGUGACUACAUGUGGUGCUCGAUCCUGACGAAAUCCCAGGGCACAAGCCAGUGCACAAUGGAGUCUCGUCCUAGCAUAGCAAAGCUCCAGCUGCACCUGCUGGCGCACUUCUUCGCGGGGAUCCUGAUGUCCUCGUGGGUGUGGACGGGCUCCACCGUGGACACCUGGACACGCUUUCUGCGGCGGACCUUUCACAACGAGACGGAGGAGCCCGUUAAACUGAAGAAGCACAAGGUGAUUGCCCAGGCCUUCGCCAAGAGGAAGACCUUCAACAACGCAGGGCGUCUGUCCAUCAGCUUCCAUCACACCCACGAGGACCCAGUGGGCAUGAACUUCGACCUGAACUCGGUGGCCUCGCAGGACUUCAGCUCGACGUGGGCAGCAGCCCUUCCCAAAUUCGUGACUCGAAGGGGAGCACUCGUCGGCAACAACACAGGAUCGACCUCGAGUUAUCGAAGGAACUCCGUUGAUUCGGAGAUCAGCAUAAGCGUGAGGAGGUUCUCGGUGGAGUCCAGGAGGAACUCCCUGGACUCCCAGAUCUCUUAUGGCGUGCAGUUCGCUGAAUUGAAGACGACGAGGAAGGUUGCAUCGUCCUCUGGGCACAGGUCGAGACGAGGAAAACGAAGGAGGGAGUUCAGCAAGUCCAGAUCGACGAAGUCAGGGCACCUGCUGAGGAGGGGGAGUACGACGUCUCAGGAGAGCCAGUUGGGGGCGCAAAUCCUGUCAGCGUUGACUAUCGGUGGGGCUCACGUGCCGAAUAUGAAGAGGAGGUCGGCGACGGUGGGGCUGAAUGGGGAGACGCUGGGGUCCAAGAUCAUGGAUGGGAAGGAGAUGGGGAUGCUGAUGCCUUUUUUGUUUGGGGGACAGAGUGCGAGCGAGGACGAGGGUAGCAGUGAGGAGAAGGGGGGGAAUAAUCAGGAUGUGGAGGUUGGGGUUGUGGAGAAGAAUCAAGAGAGCGAGAGCGAGGAGAGCGAGCCUGACGAGGGGACUAAGAUGAUUGAGCCCGAGGGCCAGGAGAGGAGCAAGAGCAAGAGCAGUGAUAAAUCAUCGAAGAGCUGUUGUCAUGAGAGUGGGAGGAGCAGGGAGAGCAGGAAGGGGAAGUACGUGAUUCAGGAUGAGACGGUGCUCAAGCAGUUGAUUCAGGAGUCCAAGGAGAUCGUUAGGAGGGAUUAUGAGAAGGAGGGUAACAGGAAACCUGGGAUUGGGGACUUGGCGUCGAGCCUGACUUCGUAUUGUCCGGAGUUGGGACGACUUAUGAUUGGGGAUGGGCAGAGCAAUGCUAGGGAGAUGGCGACGCAGACGUCGUUACCACUGGAUGUACUGGAGAUGGAGGAGUUGAAGCAGAGUAUUGAUGAGAUUAUUAGUAGUAGGAAUUGCAGCUCGAAGGGGACUCAGAUCUCUCCGCAGUUGAAUAAGGGGAGUCGGAGGGGGGAGAAGGUCUCGGGGGUCAGUCCCAUACCUGCACCGAGACCUUCGAAAGAGGGGAAGAGGAAAGAGUCGAAGAAUGUUUAAAUGAUCCAGUUUUUUCAGAGAAAAUCGAUAGGGAAGUGGUGAAAUAUUAAAGGACUGGAUUUUUUGGGUCUUGCUGAGGAUCUUUUAACUGCAAAAAUAUCUAAAAAUAUCUCUUGAUAUUUUUUUUUAAGUAAAUUUUUUUGCCAUAUUUACAGAAUAUUCUGUAGUCAAUUUUUAGAUUAAUCUUUUUAAUCAGUUUGUAAAAUGUUAUUAAAAAAAAAAAUUCGUUGUUGAAAUGAAUGCACCAUCGAGUAAAAUGUUGAAUUUGUUAAUUCACCACUUCUCUACUGAAUUUAAAGAAGAAGGCGUUUGAACAUUUUUUGAAUUAUAAAAAGAUGUUUAUAAUGUUUUAUAACGUUUUUUGUAAUGUUGUCACUGCAACAGAAAGCAGAAAAGUAUUUUUCCACGGUUUACAGAUACCUCACGACAAUUUUUGAGAUUGAAUAAUUUUUUAACUCCUUUUGAAUAAUAUUUUUAACAUAUUUUGUACUUAAGAUUUACGAGAAUACUCAUUUAUUCCAUGACAUAUUUAACUCAAACUCUACUCGGCCAAAUAUUACUGUUCUACCGCACGUUGAAGAACAUUAGUUGAUGAGAAGAUAUAUUUUAAGACUGAAAUGUCAAUGAAUUCGUUUGAUACGACGACGAUACUGAAGAGUAUAUUUACAUGUAGUUCGUAAUUUUUAUUUUUAAAACAAUGCAAUACAUGACCUUCGUCAGAAUUAUUUUUUACCAAUUCUCGACUCGACUUUUGAAUUAUUGUCGAUUUGAUUUGUGGAAUGCAGCUGGAGUUCGUUGAAUUUGUAACUGAAGAUUCCAAUAAACUAUUCAAUUAAUAUUGA